UUAUGCGUUUUACCACACAACUGUCAAAUUGACAAAAUCAGUUAGCGUUUUAUAAAGUAUGUACGCGAAAUCACAUGUGGGUGGUUGAAGGGAAACCAAUAGCAGGAUGACCUGCACUCGUAAUGUUCAUUUAUUGCCAUGACAUAUACGAUUAAUGAUGUCUCUACCGCAUGGGAGCAAGGUUAAUGUCGAUUACAAAGCACGACUAGAACACAAGUUAUACCUGGCUAGAGAAAACCCAGAACCAAUAUUUGAUGUGUCUGAAUGUGCUUUAAAACAUGUACCCUCUGGUAUUUAUUCACUGUGUAGAGUAUUCAGAAAGAAGGUGCUAUGGAUGUAUAGUAACAAGCUGACUUCACUUUCGGGUGGAGGUGCCUUAAGCGAUUUAUCAUUACUCGUUGUAUUAGAUAUUCGUGAUAAUGAAUUUACUCAUUUACCAUCAGACAUAAUGUGUCUUGCUUCUCUCAAGGAACUUUAUUUACAAGACAACAAUAUUCGAAAACUGCCAAACGAAAUAGUACACUUAAGUAAAUUAAACAUUUUGAAUGUGGCAAAAAACAAAUUGAAACAAUUGCCAGAGGCAAUGGGAAAUUUAAAGCAGCUUAGCAUGUUAGAUAUUAGUCAUAAUAAACUUCAUAAACUCCCUAAAUCUUUGGGUUAUGCACAACAAUUAGCAGAGUUAAAUAUUGAUGGGUUAAACUUAUUGUAUCCACCUCAAGAUAUUUUAAAUGGAGGCACAAAAGUAAUUAUAGCAUUUCUAGCAAAUGAAAGUGGCAUUAAAUAUUCACCAGAAGAGCCUGAUUCCGAAACAGAUAUAUCAAGAAAUAUAAGUUUUGAAGAUAUGCAAGGGGUAUAUCAGAAUAAAAAUAAUGAUGUACAGGCUGCAUUACAGAAGCUAGAAAAAAUGAAGGAGCAUCGCCAAAAUGCAUUAUUAGAAGUUGAAAAGAACAUCAAGCAGCAACAAGAAUAUGAAAUGGAGAUGCAGACAAUGUUAAAAAAACAUAGAAAGAAGCUUUUGCAAGAUCUUGCUUUACAACAAACUCAGUUACAACACGAAUUACAAAAAGUACAACAAGAAAGAGAUUCUAACAGAGCACGCUUACUUUCUUAUAUUUAUAAUGCUGAAAAAGAAGCAGAUAAUGUUAUUAAAGAAUUUUUAAGAAACAGUGAAGAAGAAAGGCAAACUCAAGCUGAAUUAUUAGAAAAGGAAAAACAAGAAGAAAUGCAACUAUUAUCUUCUUGUCACACAGAACAAUUUAUGUUCCGUACAAAGGAUACUCUUCUUUCUAUGGAGAAAUUACUUGAAGAAGAACUUCACAGAACUAGAAAGUUAGAAGAACAUAGUAAAUAUAGAGAUUGUGCUGCACAAUCUUUACUCACACUAGAAGUAAGGAAUAAUGAUCAUUUAGCGCAAAUAAUGCAAGAUCAAGCGGAAAAAAGACAAGAUUUAAUUGACACAUUAAGACAAGAUGAAGUUUUACAAAAGGCUGCUGUUGCAGCACUAUUAGAACGUAGCGAUGCACGUUGUUGGAGUAUCGUGCAACAAGUCAAUUUGGUACAAUCGCAAUUAGCUGCACUUACGAGCAUUGAACUAGAGAGGCGAAAAUUAGAAAUUAACCAGCAACUUAAUGAAAUAGCUGAAAAAAGAGUAGCCUUGAGUGCUAUUCUAAUGAACUUAUUAGAACAGCAGAAAAGCAGAAGAGAUCAGCUUCUGGAAACAAUUAAUAGCAUAGAACAACAACGUUGUAUUACUAAUUCUAGAAGACAAAGUCAAUUUUGGUUAAUGCAAUAUCAGUCUUUAAUGGAAACACGUCCUCAGGGUUUAUUGGAAAUGUUAGAGCCAACGUUAGUGCGACAUGUUGCAAUAGCGGGUGCAUUACAUUGUUUGCCAUUUCUAGCUUCUUUGCCAUCAUUACUUCCAGAUCUUAGUGAUGAACAAUUGAAAGCUAUUGGAAUACACUGUGAAAAUGAUCGCACUGCUAUAAGACUUGCAGUUGAAAAUUACUUGGCAGAAUUAAAACUCAACGAAUCUAGAACACCCAUAAUACCUUCUGCACCAUCAGAAGAAGCUUGUACAAGUUCUAAUUAUCAAGAAUACAAUGCUACUCAGAGCAUCAAUACUGCCGAAUGUGUAAUUUGCCUUGAUUUACAAUGUGAAGUAAUUUUUCUACCAUGUGGACACCUUUGUUGCUGUUCAGGUUGUGCAAAUAUGAUUUCGUCAAAUUGUCCAAUGUGUAGAAGUUUGAUAGACCAUAAAAUUCACAUUGUAAAGCCUUAAAAUUUGAAUAUUUUUUGUAAACAAUUCCAUUUAGAUAUUAUUUGUUUAUUAAUUUAAUAGUAUAUCAACAAAUUACUAUUUAAAAUUUUAUAUGGAAGAAUAUAAUAACGUAUAUAAUACGU